GAGGAGGAUUGAGGGGUUGUUCAAGAUCAGCAGCGUUAACAAAUCUUCCAAGAAGAUAAAACACACGAUACAGGUUUUAUUCCAACAAAACCGAAGCCAGAAUCGCACAGUAUCUUUCUACUCGCUUAUUAAAAUUCUGUAAAUUCUAGAUGGUGCACUUUAUGCGUAAUAAAACAAUGAAAACUAAUUUUAAAGCAGUUUAUUAAUUGAACGCAACCUUUUCCGCAAACGUCACAUUGGCGGGAAAUCCACACUCAGUGAGACGAAACGCCGCCGGCAUCUUAAAAGCGAGCACUGCUGAGCUAUCUAAGUUUUGAUAGACUGAACAGCUGCUUAAUAUAUCUGAUGCAACAAUGUCUACUUCAUCGGUGUCAAAGGGCUGUUUUGUUUUCAAGCCCAGCACAAAGAAAAAGAAGACUUUGGAUUUAGAGAGUUACUUCAUCCAUGGCUGUGAGGGCGCUGAGAGCAGAGAAAUGCGAUUCAAGCUCUGUCAGCAUCUGUGGGGCAAAAUCAAAGCUGACACAGAGGUUUUACAGGAUGAACUCAACAGGAAAAUCUUGGACAGCUUACUGGAGUUCACCAGGAAGUGCUCCUUCAGUCGUCAGCACAGCGACUGGGCAUCACAGAUGAGGGCCAGUGAAAUUUCCACAGCUGCUCUUGUGCUGGGUGUAAAUGUCCCAGAUCAUGACAUGACCUUUCAGAGUCUGUCUGACCUGCUCCGGCAAUCUGUCUCUCCUCAUGUGGCUUCUGUGCAGGCCAAAGAGUGCACAGCAUUGAAGCAUUUGAUGAAGAAGGUUCUGGAGAGAUUGAUGGAUACAGUCGUGGCUGUGGAUGAUGAGGAUGAGGAGGAAACUGAGCAGACCAGUGCUCAGCUCCACAGGAGUGUGCAUUGCUCCCUCAGUGCACUCUCUGAUUGGUACAUGACAAAAACAAAGAAAUGUAACACACCUGGAAAAAAGCGCAGCUCCUCAGCGAGGGAGGAGCAGCAGGAGCCUCCUAUUGUGAUCAUUUUCAAGGAUUUUGAAGCGUUUAACCCAAAGGUUCUUCAGGACUUCAUACUCAUCUGCAGCCGCUACAUCAAACAGCUUCCGCUGAUGUUCAUCUUUGGGAUCGCCACAUCACCCAGUACCAUCCAGCACAUGCUGCCUCAUUCUGUGUCCUCACUGCUGUGCAUAGAGCUGUUCCAGUCCCUGUCCUGCACGCAGCACCUCGCCACGGUCAUAGACAAGUUGAUCCUUACACAUCAUUUUCCCUUUAAACUCAACGGAAAAGUGAUGCAGGUGCUAAUAAGCAUCUUCCUCUAUCACGAUUUCUCCGUUAGAAACUUCAUUAAGGGCCUGCAGCUGGCCUUGCUGGAGCACUUUCACUCGCAGCCCCUCAGCGUGCUUUGCUGUAAGAAGAAGGAGGCCUUGCUUAAUGUGAUGCAGCUCUGUCACCAAGAUUUGGAAAGGAUCAGGCAGCUGCCAUCGUUUAAGAGGUAUGUAGAGAAGCAGGAAACACAGGAGCAGGUCAAUUUGAUGACAGAUGACUCUCAUUUAAAGGAAACAUGUCAGAAACUGAUCAAAGACCUUCGCGAAUACCACAAGAACUAUUAUCCCAUCCUACGGUGUCUCCACACACUGACCUCAUCUUUACCUCGAUAUCCUCUUGGAAAACAGAUCAGGGAGCUCCAUUUGACAUGUCUGGAGAAGAACGUGUGGGAGAAUGAGGAUUAUCAGUCUGCCAUAAAGCUGUUAAAGAUGGUGGCUAAAGAUGAGCUGAUUUCUUUGCUACAAAAGUGUACAGAGAUUCUGCAGCCUGUCAAAUCCAAAACAAUGAAGAAUGCUUUUCUCCAGCUGGAGGAACGACUUGUCAAGUUCAAGCAUCUGGAUCCUGCUGCUGAAGUGGUCCCCAGUCUGGAAGACAGCUUCACCUCUCCAGUGAAAAACCUCCAAAAGAAAACGGAUCUGUUCCAGCUGCAGAAAACCCUGCUGGAGAUGAACGAGUCUCGUAGGUCAAAGAAACUGAGUCUGUUUGAGACUCUGAGGAAUGAAGCUCUUGAGUUCAUUGACAGUUUAGUGAAGACUCAUCUGUUGCCACCAGAGUCUCAAACUCUUUAUGAAGUCUGCUACUACAGUUCGUCUGCCACCGUGAGACGCCACCUCAACGCAACACCGAGAACCUCUAUACAGGCUGCCCUCAGCAAUCCCUACUAUUAUCUCCAGAACGACCGCUUGAAGACGGAAGAUGGGACCGUCUCCAACGCAGCUCCUGAUAUCUGUAUUGCAUAUAAGCUCCACCUGGAGUGCGGCAGGCUGAUCAACCUCUAUGACUGGCUUGAAGCCUACGCCACGGUGGUUUCUGCAGCCGAGGGUACCGAUCCGGACUCGGACAGUUUUGGGAAAGUGGAUGAAGUCAAACACGCUCGUUUCAUCCGCGCUGUGUCUGAACUUGAAUUUCUGGGCUUCAUAAAGUCCACCAAGCAGAAGACUGACCAUGUGGCUCGACUCACCUGGGGAGGCUGCUGACUGCAACCGCCAAGAUGGAAACACAAACUUUGUUUUUGUCCUCUUUAGUCCCUGUUAACAUGUGAUAAUAAAAGAU